UAAACAAAUCAAAAACUAUUUUUUAAGCUUCAUCCCUUAUUAUAAUAUCGUUCCCUUUCAUUAACAGUCAUUGUUCUUUUGUAUUUUGUUAUUGUAACGUACGGUUUUGAAUAAACGUGCGUAAUGUGCGCAUGCGUGAAAUGAACCCAUUAUACAAUAAAUGCGAGUAACGAAAUCGUGCGAUUAACGAAAUACAUUCGAGAGUAACGUUUCGUUACUCGGUACCAGAGCGCAUACCCGUUACUCAGUACCGAAUACAUACAGUUUGUUAUAGCUCUAGUUAUUGUCAAAUGGUGGUUUGUUUGGAAUGUGGUGGAAGGCGGAGUUGUUUUUGUUAUAAAUUAAAUUUUGACACGUGUGUUAUUUUCAAUUAUUGUGAGAAAAUAAAAAUAAUGGCAGAGUACCCUACAGUGAAAUGUACAGUUGUGAUAAAAAGCACGUGUGAUCAAGUGAAUUGAGAUCAAAGGUAAUGCCGCCACGAUGAAGCAAUUAUCUUUGCUAUUAGUGAUUACGAGUUUUGGCGUCCUUCAGAUCUUCGCCCAAAUUGAUAACUGUACGAGGACUAAUAGUCGUGGAGACUACCAGCUGUGCGUGCGCCAGCUAGCAGACUCGCUAUCCAAGAAAUUUAAAGAAAUAGUUCACAAAGAACUAGGCAGUGAAUACACCACACACUUCGAAAUACGAAACACACACAAAGUGAGCCGGUACCAGGCGUCCGACAAUGACACCUUGAACGAAGUCGCCGAUAAACUAUAUUUCAAGCUCUCGUCUGCUAGAAACAUCCUGAUUGACAUGAAAAAUGUUACCAGCCAAAAGAAUACUCCGUCCUUCACGAAUCCUUGCCCGUUUAACUCUAUUCGUAAGUCUGUAUUUAUAAAGAGAAGGAGUAACCUGUAUGAUACCUUUCCAAUAUUGAACACUAAAACAAAAGUGCUAGAUAGGUUUAAAGAUUUGAAAGUUAAGAGACAAUAUUUCCUAUCACAUUUAGAUUAUGCUACUGACAGAGAUUGCACCAGUAUGCCACACUCAAAUCUGAGAUAUUUAUAUCAUUCAGUAGUGAACCCGGAUCCAAAGCUUGUGGUAUUUAUCAUUGACAACAAUAUGGAUGAGGACUCUCUUCAACACGCAGUGAAUGUAGCUAAAGAAACUGCAUUUGCAUUACAAAGUACAGAUUAUAUUGCAUUAAAAUUGACCAACACCACAGAGUCUAUCAAAUUUGAAGAUACCUGCAGCAGUGAUGGCAUGCCUGAUGUUGGAAAUGCCACUGAUAACAACAAAAUGAUCUUCCGGGAUUACUUAUACGACAUAGCAACAGCUUCAUCAAACUUGUCUCCUCUAUCUAUUAACAAAGAACUACGUAAUAUUCUAGACAAGAAGACGCUUCCUGAGAAUAAACUGUUCAUCUUGCUAACAGACACAAAGGUACUAAAAAAUGAAACAUGGCUUAAAAUAUUCCCUUAUUCAAACUACGACAGUAAACUCAAAUUUGCUAUAGGCUUGAUAUUUGAAAACCGAUUUGACAGAAAUAGUUCGUUAGGGAUAUUUCACAUUGAUAAAUGGCACAAUGACUCAAACAACGACUCAAUAAUGAAAGUCCACAUUAAUGACAGUGCGGUGAUUGGUCAGGUGGCUUCAGCUUUUAUAUCUCACUUGCCAGGAAACUACAAAGACGACCAGCUUAAAGUUAUCGGUCCCACCUGGGAAGCAACUGAAAGGGAUUUUAUGAUAUCUUUAAUGCUCCCAACUGCCAAUGGAGUGUUAGGGCUAGACCUUUUCUGGUCGGACCUUGCUGAAGAUAUUGUUUACUUUAGAGGUGUAAAUCUUAAGAGGAGGGCGUUUGUAAUGGAUGCUGCAGGAAAAGUCCUCAUGCAUACAUUCUUCCCGAGGCCAGAAACAGCAUCAGAAAAAAUAAAUUUUGUGCCAUUAGAACAAGUUGAAACACACAGCUUCGUACCUGAACUGAAGAAACAAAUAUUAAAUUCUAGUGUUGGUAACCUAACAAUGGUUGAAAGUAACCAUAACAAUUCUAUAACAUACUCUUGGCGGUGGGUUGACAAUUUUUAUGUUGUGUGUAUUGUAUCUGAAGUUCCUGCUCUAAACUCAUCUAAUUCAUCAAAUAGUUUCAUUACAAGAAACAACAAGGAUAUUCUAUUUCAUAGAUUGGACCUGUUCCCCCCAAAAAAUGGCAAAAUUUGUCGCCAUUUCAAGCAGAUUGCCACUAUAGAUCAGGGCACUGUUUAUCUUAGUCCUUCUAGCUUCCAAUCGCCUUUUACAUAUCUUUAUGACAUGGCAGAUGGCCAAGAGGCUGUCACUUACAUGCAGAAUUAUUUGGCAUAUUUAAAAAGCUUAGCAUAUGGAUUAUUGUCCAAUCCUGGCUUGAAAAGCGACAUCCAACAUGAUGUUAGUUAUUUAAAUUCCAUUUUAUCAUUUUACAAGAGGCAGCACUUGCAUGGUCCCUAUUCUAAAUACAUUGUCAGAAGGUAUGCUGUCUCUGAGAGUGGUGUUCUUGUGAUGUUCCCAGGCACAGUUCUCGAAUAUGACUACGAACCUGUGAAAAGACCUUGGUUCACAUAUGCUUUGGAACAUCCUGGCAAAGUGGUACUCACACCGCCUAAUUUAGAUGUCGGAGGUGCAGGGUAUAUUGUCAGCAUCUCAUAUGCAAUCAGAAAAAGUAAUUAUCCUACUAUGGUUGUCUCAAUGGAUGUCACUAUGGGAUUUCUUUACAAAAUGCUUAUUGACAGCAUGCCUCUCUGUGCAACGUCUAAUAUAAAAUGCUUCAUCAUGAACAAUAGAGGAUAUCUUGUAUCCCAUCCGGGACUUAUGGAUCCCAAUAGUUCGGGGCCCAUCGAACAACAACACAUCACUCAUAAAGAGUCUAUGAUUGCCAUAGAUAUGUUAAAUCAUAAAGAUUUUGUGACUAAAAGGUUGUGUAACAAUUUUUAUGAUAACACCAUACAAAGGUUUUAUGAAUUCAAUACUUCUUUGACGAGCAUUUUGACUAAUGUAGCGUCGGGUCUUCAUUGUGUUCAGUAUUACAUAGCUGCCAUCCCCGGCACCAACGCCUUCAUCGGCCUCGUCAAUUCGUCCUGCAGCAUCGUUUUCUGUCCCUGCAGUAUGAUUGAUCGCCAGUGUCUGAAUUGCAACCGUAUGGAGCAGACCGAAUGCGAGUGCCCAUGCGAAUGCAAUUCCAAACUUUACAACUGUCCCAAUGCAAAUGUAUCCACGUUCAACCAGGACAUUCCCCUGUGCGGAAUGACUCCAGAGCACAAUAAUCACAAAUCGCAUUAUUUCCAUAAUUUUGCGGAAAAUUUAAACAGCUGCUUUGAUUUUCAAUGCGAAAGCUACACUACGCACUCUUCUUGCCUCGGGGUCUUGGGGUGCGAAUGGUGUCAGAUCGACGCCGAUGCCAAGACUCCCCUGUCUUCCCCUUUCUGUACCUCGCAGUCGACUUGCUUCAACGGCGUCCUAGGUGCGGUCACUCCUUACGGCGAGGGCACCUUCGGCCAUAUUAAUAGAGACGCAUUUGGAAGCUAUUCCGCCAUAGGUCCUAUAGCAGGUUGUAUAGUUACUGUUAGUUUAAUUAUAGCUGUAGCUGCGUACUGCUACAGGCAGAACGUUACUUCAGUUAGUUGCCACAAUCUUUACGUAGACGGCCCGGCUGAGACGUGGCACGAUCCUGAUGUCCAAAUGAGUCAUUUGCAAUCUGAUGACACGCACGACAAAUCUGGACAGGACAAGCUUCUGCCGGCCAUGGAGAUAGAAGCUCCUAUAUCUCCUUAUAGAGUGAUAACAGGGUAUAGAAGGGCGCAUACGGCCGGUGGGUCGGAUCAUGGGUAUUCUACCAUGACUCCUCACGAGGAUUCCGAAGCUACUGGCUUCUCAGUGAACGAUCCGAUCAUUUUGUCGGACGACACUAAAUCGGACGUUAGUUGUCCGCUCCCAAAGUUAAAGCCCAGAUUGAAAACUGGUGAUCUCAGCGUCACGGUACUGCCUUGUGGCAAAAACAGUAUUAUAGCUCCAGUCACUGUCCAUAGACACAUGGAAGCAUCAUAAUACUAUAUAUCUAAUCUACCUCUAUUUGUACAUAUAUUUUAAUCAAUGUGGCAUGGUACAUAUGACAUAAUUAUAUGUGAUAUUUUUUGUAUAUUAUUCUGUCAAUUUCAAUAUUGUGUUGUUUUGUACAUAAAUACUAUUUUAAUUUACUUAAAACUGGUGCUCCCUAUGUGGAAUGUAUGUAUAUGAAUUCAUGAAUAUUAAAAACCUUAUCACUUAGACAUUAUAGUCAACGCUAAUCUCCUAUUUGGUUUCCUUCUACCCAAAGGUUGACUGGAAAAGAUUGCAUUAGCGAUAAGUUCGCCUUUGACUGUUUUAUGCUAUUCUCUAUGCUACUCUAUCUAUGACUGUUUUAUGCUAUUCUGUAUGUUUUACUCUUGUGGUGCAAUAAACUUUUAUCUAUCUUUCUAUCUAUAGUUCAAUUUUUUUCAUUUAACUAAAUCCGGCUUAGUUGUGUUAACUAACAACAUAUUCACUAGGGUUUUUAUAAACUUUGUUAAAAAAAUAUAUUUGUCAAUUUAUGUUGUUUACAAUAAGUACUUAUUUAAAUGUUUAUUACAAAACAAUGUGUUCGCCACUUAAUUAUGGUUGUUAAAACGAUGAGUAUGUAUUUUAAUGCAGGUAUUGACAAUGGUAAGAAUAGGCAAUAAGUAGUUUUAAUUGUAAUAUUAAUUCAAUGUGCCAGUGCCUCCUAUAAUAUUAAGGUUAACAUUAUAACUAUUUGUAAGACUGAAUUUGAUGUUGCAUUUACUUUUUAAUGUAAUAAA